CAGACGUGUCAGUAGACAACGAAAUGAAGAUUGGUGUUUUGUUCACGACGCAAAAUCUUUCCACUUUCUUUUUAAUUUUGACUAAAAAAUUUAAUAAGUCUUAAAAUAAAAUCAUUGCCCCGUCUUCGUGGAGGAUACAGAAUUCACGUGUGUUCAUUUCAAGAGGCAUUGGAAGACAUUUGUGAAACCAGAGAAGGCGAAAAAGUUCUGAGUCAACAUGGCGGGGCAAAAGUUUCAAUACGAUGAAAGCGGCGGAACAUUUUAUUAUUUUUUAUUAUCUUUCCUGGCUUUAAUACUUGUACCAACCACAAUUUAUUAUUGGCCACGUAAGAAGAAAGAAGAUCCUAAUAAACUGAAAGAAGAAUGCCAAUGUUCAGACUGCAUAAAGAAGAAAGUUAUCUUGGCAGCAGCAGAGCCAUACCGUGUGCUGAAAUCAUUCCUCGUUAAACUAUGCUUAGUAUUUGGUUGGUCACUCCUCGUUUUACUUGCUUAUCGCGUAUCUCAGUUCGAUUAUGAAAUGGCCAGUUUUGAUCCAUUCGAAAUUCUACAGUUGCCACCUACAGCAUCUAUGGAAGAAAUUAAAAAAACGUACCGUGAAUUGUCGCGAGUACUGCAUCCAGAUAAACCUACUGGUGAUGAGAAAUCGUUCAUGAUGCUACGCAAAGCAUAUCAAGCACUCACCGACGAAACAGCCAAACAAAAUUAUGAGAAAUAUGGUAAUCCAGAUGGGCCAGGUGCAAUGUCCUUUGGUAUAGCAUUACCUUCAUGGAUCGUUGAAAAAGAAAAUUCGGUCUGGGUACUAGGCCUCUACGGUUUGAUCUUUAUGGUGGCACUGCCCUCUGUUGUGGGCAUGUGGUGGUAUCGUUCAAUACGUUUUUCUGGCGACAAAGUGCUUUUAGAUACCUCGCAAAUGUAUUUCUAUUUCAUACAUAAAACUCCACACAUGUUGCUGAAGCGUGCACUUAUGAUUUUAGCUGCUAGCUUAGAGUUUGAUAAACGACAUAACUCUCAGGUUGUCGAGCGACAAUCGGACAACGAAGAAGUUCCAGCACUUAUUCGUCAGCUUCCUAAUCUGAAUGAGAAAUGCAAGGAACACCCCCUAUGUCGAAUGUAUUCAAUUAAAGCGCGUGCCAUAUUGCACGCUCACCUUUCACGCAUUGCUCUCAAUGGAGAUACACUGGAGAAAGAUCGACAAUUUAUUGUAAAAAAGUGUCCAUACCUAAUUCAAGAAAUGGUUUCCUGCGUUCAUCAAUUGGUAAUGUUAGCAUAUGCCAGGCGUGUGCCACGUCUUCCCAGCAUCGAGACCAUAGAGAAUUGUAUGAAACUAUCUCCUAUGAUUAUACAAGGUCUGUGGGAAUUCAAAUCCCCCUUACUUCAAUUACCUCACCUCACAGAAGAUCAGCAUCUAUAUUAUAUAAAUAAAAAACGGCACAUCAAGAAUUUGCAACAGUUCGCUCAACUGAAACCCGAUGAAAGCAGACAACUGUUAAAAAGCCUCUCUGAUUUUGAGUAUGAAAAUGUUAUGAAAGUUUUGGGGAAGUUGCCACUGAUUGAUUUCUCCAUUCGUUGUGAAGUAAUUGAUGAUGAGAAUACAAAUGUUGUAACAGCUGGCGCAAUAGUGACUGUUACUGUAACGCUAGUGCGCAAGGACAUGAAGACAUUAUUUGGGGACGCUAAAGUACCAGAAAAGCAAGGCAUCAAGGAUGAUGAAGAAGCAAUGGGUGGUGGUGAUGAAGAAGAGACUUCGGCUGCUGCUACACUACCCGUUAAGAAACCAUCUGCCUGGGGUAAGCAACGUAAGGGGAAAGGUGGCAAGGGUGGUAAGAAAUCGGGGAAUAAUCAAAAGCGCAAAGCACCACCUACAAACGCGGCACAACAGAGCAAAACUGCUAUUUCUACGUCUUCUGCAAAUGCGGAGGGUCAAGAACAAAACGAAGAUUCAGACUCCGAUGCAGACGCCAGCGAUUUGGACGAGAAAGACUUAUCCGGCGACGAGUCUGACAGUGACAAACCACAUAACAAUAAGAGUGAGGCAUAUGAUGAUGAUGAUGACGAUGAGGCUUGGGAAAGAUUGCAAGCCAAACUUAAUAAGCGUGAAAAAUUGGAAGGUAAAUCGCGCAUAUCUCACACAGUACACUGUCCCUACUUCCCUGAAGAAAAACAAGAAUACUGGUGGACGUAUAUCUGUGAUCGCAAAUCACGAUCGCUUCUCACGGCACCCUACCAUGUCACUAGUCUUGUGGAUAAGGAAGAAAUACAGUUGAAAUUUACUGCACCGCGUUGGCCAGGCCUAUAUACAUUUACAGUCUGUUUAAGAUCAGAUUCUUAUCUGGGCAUGGACCAACAGCAAGAGUUGAAACUGGACGUUAAGAAAGCGCCUGUCCCACCUACAGAUCACCCACAAUGGGACCUUAGUGAAUCAGAGCCCGAAAACCAUGAACAGCAUGACAACUCCAGCGAUUUCACGACUGACAGUUCAGAGGACGAGGGUACCGAAUAGAAACAUUAUAAUGCUAGCGUCUGAAAUAUAAAAAUUAUAUAAUGACUACAA